GCCGUGGCCAUGGCCCAUCGCCCGCCGCCAUGAGGCGCGGGGGCCCCGCCGCCAUCGCCGCCUGCCUCGCCGGGGCGCUCGCCGUGCUGGCAGGACCGGGGCCGGGGCCGGGCAGUGCCACCGGGACCGGCCGGCGGCCCCCCCGCAGCUACGGGCACCUGGAGGGCGACGUGCGCUGGCGGCGGCUCUUCUCCGCCACCCGCUUCUUCCUGCGCAUCGACGGCGGCGGCGGCGUGGAGGGGACGCGCUGGAGGGAGCGGCCGGGCAGCAUCGUCGAGAUCCGGUCAGUGCGUGUCGGCGUCGUGGCCAUCCGRGCGGUGCACACCGGCUUCUACCUGGCCAUGAACAAGCGGGGGAGGCUCUACGGAAGGAGUUCAGCCCCAACUGCAAGUUCACGGAGCGCAUCGAAGAGAACGGCUACAACACCUACGCGUCACUGCACUGGCGGCACCGCGGCCGCCCCAUGUUCCUCUCGCUCAAUAGCAAGGGCAGGCCACAGCGAGGGGGCARGACACGCCGGCAGCACCUCUCCACACACUUCCUCCCCAUCCUCGUCAGCUGAACGCCACGGGCAGAUCCAGACGGUCCUGUAGGAAAAAAUAACCACAAAACAAAAAAAAAAAAAAGGGUUCUUUUAUUUAUGUACAUAUCUAUUUUUUGCUAUUUAUUGUUUUAUUUUUAAUGCAUGGCAGAGGAUGGAUGUGGAAGGCAGAUGCUCCAGACUCAGCUGCGCAGGGCUGGGGCUCUCCCACAGUUCUCCCGGUGCAGAGCCAGGGAGCGUGGCCAGAGCAGGGGCCAGGAUCUGCUAAUGGCAUCUCUGCAGGGCUGGGAUGUAGCAGCAGGUUGUCUGUGUCCCAGCACCCGUGGCAAUUAAAGCUGUGUUCAUGGCAUGGAACAGGAGCAGGUGUUGGAGCUUUGAUGGUGAACUUGGCUCGGGAUGGGAGGGAUUGGCUCCCCUGUGGUUGUGGCUGCAGCCACCAGUGUCAUCCCUGCUGCCAUUGGCRAGGAGCCCAGCUGGUCCCUUGCCACAUCCAGCUUUUCAUCGACCCCCACCCACCCUGCAGAAAAACAGCAAUGSUGGUUCAGCAGCACAAAGGAGGGAGCAGAGGGAGCAGGAGCCAGCCCUGAUCCUCAGGCAGACACUGCUCCUGGGCUGUCCCUGCCUGCCAGGCUGCAGCCCAACUCCACGCCAUCAUCCCCAACAAAAAUAGAGCUGGGACAGUGGACAGUGGUGAGGACCAGCCCCUCACCUGGAGGGCAGCAUGGCCAGGAAUAGCACCUGCACCUCAGCCUCCUGGCCAGGGUACAUCCCUGUGCCACCUCACACCUGCUGUGGCCAGCCCCAGCAGCCCGGUCACUGUCACAUCAGACAGAGCAAUGGCCCCAGCAAAAACCACCAAACUCGUUCCAUUUCUGACCCAACCAGCUCCAAACGAGUCUGAGAGGGAASAGGCACCGUGUUAACUGUGUGGUGGCUGUGGUGAGUCCCUGCCGGGUGGGCAGCACCUGCCAUGCACCCACCAGGGACUUUGCUUUGCCCGCUUGAAACCCAUCUGAGCACUGCUCAUGCAUGAAAAAUCAUCCCUGAGCACCUGGGGGAGCCAGGAACUCCCUGUCACAGCUGAAACACAGCAGAAGAGGGAAGGUUUUUCCACGUUUCUYGUUCCGGUGACUAAACAGCAAAGCCUUCCCUCGGUGUCGGGUCAGCCGACGGACACACRCAGGUUCAGCCAGGACCUUCUUGCUGCCACCCACCUCACCAGCCCAGGCUUCUGGCUCAACCCCCGGCAGAGGAUGAGCCAUUAACCCCGACACACCAGUCCUGAGAUAAACCCUCCUGUGAGAUGAAAGGCGCCGCCGCGCUGCCCGGCCAAGCCAAGGAGGAAAAACAGUCCGGGCAAGUUGCUCCCUGCCAGCCCCUGGCCCCGGCACAGCUGGUGACACUUUCUCCAACAAACCAACUUCUUGUGUUCUGAAAUGGCUCAAGAAAGGCCAAAUCAUCCUUCCCCUCCUAUAGAAGGCUCAUCCCUUCCUAGGAAGCUCUUGGAAGGGCCAGGUYCUGGGGUGAUGCUGCUUUAGAAGACACCCAAGCUGUGCUGGAGCCAGCACUUUCCCCAGCAGCCCCAGCCCACUCCCAGCACCCCAAAAGCUGAGGGAGAGGCAGGGAACCCCCCAAACUGCCGAACCCUCCACCCACUCCCAGGGCAGCUCCUUUGGGGGCAGGUUCUCCCUUGUCUGCUCUGGCUCUGCCACAGCACAGUCCCAACACGUGGCACCAUCACGGACCCCCAGCCCUUCAGGAGACCUCCUGACCACCCCAAGUCCAUGGAAGGGGAAGGGUCUCCUGAUGAUGGAUGGUGAGAGCACCAGGGCUCUGCUUCUCUCGUGCCUCCAGGUCGGGGAAGCAGGGACACAGCA